UUUUCUUCUCAUGAUAAAAAUUUUUUAUAGAAAUGAAACGAUUCACAUUCAAAGGUGUGUUGGAAAAUUUUAAAUCUUCUUUAUCACAACAACAAAAACCAAUUAAUGAAGUUGAGGAAUUCUUAAAAAAGGAAAAUUUUACCUUUUCCUAUACGAUAAAGCACGGUUUCCCGUAUUCUGCCACAUCUUUAGCCUAUGAUCCGGUUCAAAAUUUAUUAGCCAUAGGCACUUCAAACGGUUGCGUACGCAUUUUGGGGAAACCCGGUGUUGAUAUCGAUGUCAAACAUGACCCUCCUGCCAUUGUUCAACAACUAAUAUUUAUAAUCAAUGAGGGUUAUUUAAUAUCCGCCUGUUCGGACGAUAUUCUCCAUCUAUGGGAUCUCAAACAAAAUAUCCCCAUUAUAACGCACUCGCUAAAAUUUCAACGCGAAAAAAUAACAUUCGUCCAUCUGUCAUUUCAAAGUAAAUGGCUCUACGUAGGCACUUUAAAGGGAAACAUACACGUAGUCAAUAUCGAAACCUUCAAGCUAUCCGGCUACCUUAUCAAUUGGAACAAAACAAUCGAACUUUUAAGCAAAAAUCACCCCGGUGCUGUGAUUCACGUGAGUGAUAAUCCGGUUGACCCAAAUAAACUAUUAAUCGGUUUCGAAACUGGGAGCAUAGUUAUGUGGGAUCUCAAGAAUAAAUGCGUAGAUUGUAGAUUCACUCAUAAUGUGCCCCUGAAAAGUGUAUCAUGGAAUUACGAGGGAAAGGCAUUUAUGUCUAGCCACAUAGAUGGCAGUUUAGUUACUUGGUUCCUCAAAAUUCCUGGAAAUAAGCCUGCGUCUAUCGUAUUUCCUCACGCCCGAAAUUCUAACGAAAAAUUGGAAAAAUGCUAUUCCAUUGAUAAAAUUGACUGGAAGACAUCUAAAUCUGGCGAAAAUUUGCUCUUAUUUUCUGGCGGCUUGACUGAAAAUAUUCCCACAAUAACCAUAAUGCAUGGUAAAUCAACGACCGUUUUGGAAAUGGAACACAACAUUAUUGAUUUUUUGUCCCUUUGCAAAUCUCCUUAUGCCAUGGAAAGCGAACCAACAUCGAUAGCCGUAUUAUUCCCCAACGAUUUGGUCAUAAUAGAUUUAUCAACUCAGGGUUACCCCUGUUUCGAAAAUCCCUUCGCUUUAGAUUUACACGAGAGCCUUAUAACGCUUGUUCAAUAUUAUUCUGAUUGCCCGGAUCAACUUGUUCCAUUGCUUUAUUCCGUGGGAAUGAGGCAAAAGAAAAUUGGAUUCAGUGAUAAGAAUUGGCCUUUAACCGGAGGGGAAUGCGGCAAAUUUUCUAGCAGCUAUCCAGAACUUUUAUUAACUGGACACAUCGACGGAACUAUAAAAUUUUGGGAUGCCUCAGCAAUGAACUUGCAAAUCUUAUACAGACUCAAGACCAACAAAAUUUUUGAAAGAACCUCCACAGAUGAUUCAUCCAUCUCGGCGAACACUCAAGAAAUUCUUACUAACUCGCUUACCGAAGACGGUAAAAUCAACACUUCUCAACCAGUAGCAACGGCGUAUAACGAGAAAGAUGAAAUUUUGCACAAUAAAAUGAAGAAAAAAUUUAGCCUCCAAGUUGUAAGCUUAGAAUUCGCUCUUCACGCGAAAAUUUUGGUCGUUGCGUUGAAAAAAAAACGGUAUUCUUUUGUAAUACUCUACCAUUUUGACAAACAGGAAAUAUUCCAAACAAUACCAGUAUUAAAUAUAAAGGAUCCAAAUCAAAUUAUCAAACAUAACAACGAUAAUCAAUACUCGAAUAAUCAGGGUACUGCAAACGAAACCACUCACAAUCAAACUAAAAUUAUAGUUAAACCCGGUUUCGUCAAGCAAUUAUCCGGGUUUCAAGCCGAUUUGGUACUUAAUUUUACACCCUCAUCUCCACCCUAUAAUAAUAGUAAUAUUCCUUCGAGUAGCAACUAUCAAAGCUCUGCACCCUGUGAUGCUUCGGAGAAUUUGAAUUAUCAGAACGUGACGUGCCUCAAAAUCCAGCCCUUAUAUGGAUUAUUAGUUGUUGGAACCACCCAAGGUCUGUGCAUAGUCGACUAUAUCAACAAAACCUUGUUGAUCAAUAUGAAUACUCAAGAUCUUUACGGGUCAAGUGAUCCUUUUGUCAGAUCCACACCCAACAAAACGUUUCCUCUGUUUCGCAAUAAAAACAUUGUUGACAAUGAAACACACCCAGAUCGGUGUAAAUCACCUUCCAUAGAAGUUUCCAACUCUACGCCAUUACACAGCAACGUUCCUUCUCACGUGACUCAACCACCCCCCUUACCCCCACCACCUUAUACAUCAUCUCACCCGCCCAAUAUUAAUACUCAUAACACAACUACCACCUCCAGUGUAAAUAAUGCAAUUGCAUCGACUUCUUCUUCCCAAAAUACAAAUGCGCCGUCUACUACAUUUGUGAAUCCCCAUUUUACUUCCCUGGCCAAAUCCCGGAUCCAAAAGGCUCACAGCUUCAUAUCUUUCAGUACGUUUUCUCCUUCUGCUAAUAGCUCACCGCCCCUUUUUUUCCUUCCCUCAUCUAAUGCUAGCAGCAGCAACAUCUCAAAUUCCACGAACACAUCAACCCUGCUAAAUAACUUUGGAUUUAAUAACUCGGAGAAAAACACUCUUCCCGGCGGUUUUAGGGCCGGAUAUUGUAGUGCUGCCGAUGCAAAUCAAACAAAAAACAGCAACCCGAACAUUAUCAACGCAUCAGGCCCUAGUAUCCCGUCUUCUAAUACUCAUAGUACAACAUCUUCUCAGACUUCUUCUAUUGCCACUGCUCCUCAACCUACGACUAAUUACAACAAUUUUAAAGAAUUUGAUGUGACUAUAUUAUCUAACGCCCACAAUGCUAAUUUUUACAUGGCCCCCGGACCAAAUAACCAAAUACCGGUAAAUAAUUUGCAAUCCCCUUCCACCAGCCCUAAAUCGAUUCUGCCAAAUUUCAACCCCAAUAACAAUCUUCACGAAUAUUCGAACUAUACCAAUAAUAAUUCUGUGUUCGAACGGGUAACCGCCCUCUCAUUUUAUAAUGGCAGUGUAGUGAAUAAUCUUGUGAACGAUUGCAGCGGAGCUGUUGAAGAAAAUGUGAUAUCUUUAGAUAGCGGUUGUAGCGGUGGCAAUGAAAAUUGUAAGGAGGUAGUUAAAGAAGGGAAGGAGAAUACCAAAGACUCCGGUAAGGAAGAAGUUGGGAGUGGAGCGGAAAAUAUAGAAGGCGGAACUGGGGCAGGGAAUUCAAACAAUUUAGGACCACUGUGGUUAUGGAUGGGCACUUCUUUUGGAUCGGUGUUAGUUCUGACAUUUUCUCCCAUUUUACCAAGCGCGCAAAAACCAGUCGUUAUAUCUCCCACAGGCACAAUAUUCAGACUAAAGGGUCAAAUACUGAACAUUUAUUUCGUUGGUAGUCUUUCAACUUUAAAUAACCAAAGUUUUGAUAAUCCACUUUCAGCAUCAUCGAUUCAGACCCCUACUGGCGUAAAUAAAUUUUCGCCUCCCAUCAUUUCCAAAAAAGAGAUCGGGGUAGCUAAAAACGUUUAUAAAAAACGAGGAGGUUCUUGUUUGUCUAACGCCUCAUCUGCCGAUUCCAUAUCCCAUUCAAUUCCAUCCCAACCAUCAACUUCUCAACCAACUGAUUCCAUAACUCCUCUAACAAACCCUUAUCCAAAUACAUCAUCUAUUCCAACAAAUACUCAAACUCCCCCACCUAGCAGUAUGGAUAGCAGGAAUAUUAAUGAUCAAAAUACAAACAAUCAAGAAAAUUUUGGGAAGAAUUUCAAUAAAGAUUUUGCUGUGCUUAUAUCUGAAUGUCAGGCCUGCUCCGUUUCACUAAGGGCUCAAUCAUACAUGUCAGUUAUCUACAAGGUCAAAAUGGCUAAUGAACAUAGGAAGAUAUUGGUAGCGCGAGUUGUCGAAUUUAAAGAUCAAGAAUGUAUGACUUGCUAUGCUUCAAAUGGCAAUAUCUUAAUAUACAGCGUUCCCAGUUUUCGGAUCCUGAUUGAUAUAUUCCUCGUUUCGCCGCUUAACUUGAGAUUGCCAUCUCAAGAUGCCGAUCGAAUAUCUGACUUCAAAAGAUGCAUUUGCUUCAGCAACAAUGGAAAUGGGCUCUACUUAUGUUCCCCAAGCGAAAUACAAAAAUUUACUUAUUCUACUGAUAUGUGUAAAAAUUUGAAGGACAUGACAAGCAAAAUAUUUCGACUAAAGGAAACUCCCGAACCACCAAGAUCCAGUUUCUUUAGCACUCUAUUUAAUUCACCCAGAACAACGGCUUUGGAUAGAGAAGAAUUAUUUGGAGAAGCAAGUGGGAAAGCUAGAACGGCAGCCGUAUUACUUCAAGAUGCUAAUCAAAAUGUCCAGGCGGUUGCGUCGGGACCCGUACACAGAGCGAGACAAGCUGUCAGUGAAAGGGGUGAGAAAUUAUAUGAUUUGGAUGAAAAAACGGCUCAAAUGCUCCUUCAAUCCGAAAAUUAUUCUAAAAAUGCUCAUAAUAUCUUAUUAAAAUACAAAGAGAAAAAAUGGUAUCAGUUUUAAGAACAAUUCUUUUAAAUAUGAAACCCAACUUUAAAAAAUUUUAUAAUUUCGACAACUCAUUAUAAAUGCAAAAAUCAUAUAUAUUUUUUAUUUAAUACAAAUUUUAUAAAAACGAUUUUGAAAGAUGGCGUUUUUUUGUUGAUGAUUAUUAUGGAAUGCGCCCGUAUUACAUACUACAUUAUAAUAACCUGCUUAUAACAUUUCUGUGGAGAUCAAAUGAGAUUUCUGUGACCAAAAAUAUAAAUGCUAAAGAUGCGAGAAUUUUGUGAAUGAAUUAUAGGUUAUGUCCUAGUAUCACGUCGUCAAAAUUUGAAUUUUUAAAUGAUUGGAUGUCCCAAGUUAAAAGAUAUUUAAAAAAAAUGGUUAAGUUAUUAAUUUAAAAAUGUAAAUAUAUACUUAGGGUUUUAGAAAAUUCAGGGUAAGCUUCAUAGGCUCGAGUUUUUAGCAAAUUUAAAAAGCUUAAAUCUAUUUAUAGAACAUUAUUUUUUAAUUUUGAAUGUUCCAGCUCGUAUUUUAGCAUUAAAUAUAAAAAAUGGCACCAUGAAUAAAAUUUAAAUAUUUGAUAAAAACAACCCCUACGAUAUAUUAUAUAUAGGACUCUGCUAUUAUGUAUUAAUAUUAUAUUGAUGUUUAGUAAAAUAAUUUAUAUAAUUAUAUUAAAAAUUAUAAUAUAAAUUACUAUUUUAUUAUUUUAACGGCCUCUAUAAUGUUAUUCCGCUAAAUAUAUUUUUUUAGAAUAUUUAAUAAAUUUAUAUAAAUAAAACAAAAUCCAUGUUAACUAAAUUUAAUACGUGCAAUAAAUUAAUGAGUGAGACUAAUAAUUGUAUUGGAUAGCGAUUUAUAUAUUUAUUAUCUAGUUUAUACUAUUUAUUGGCAAUUUGACAACCAGCAUUCCCCAUAAAAAUAAAUUCUUUUUUUUAAAAAAACUUGUUUUUACUUUUAUUAAUAUAUGAUUAAUUUUAUUGUAAUUUAAUGUUACAAAUAACAAAAAUAUUAUAUUAAGUGCAAGAGCUAAAGAAAGAAGUGUAUUUAUAGAUAAUAUUGAUUUGUGGACCAUCUCACCUAAAUAUUAA